AUGACGAAGAAGAGCAAAGGAGGUAAAGAAGAUAAGACGGCGAUAGAAACCACAAGCAAAAGCGUUUCUGGGAAAUCUCAGAAACAGAAGAAACCAGUUGAGAAGGAAGUAGAAAAAGAACUGAUAGAAGAAUCUGGAACUGAUUCUGAUUACGACGGUGAUAGUUUGUCCGGGUCUUUGAAUUCGGAUGAUUUCGACUCCGAUAUCUUCGAAUCAGAAGAUGAUGUAACACAGGGAGGAACAGAAGAAGAUGGAGGAGAUGGUGAAUCAUCUCAAGACGAGCUGCUUGAUAACGAGGGCUCAAUUGAUAAUGAGGAUGGUGAGGAUGGAAGUGAGCAAAUAGAUAGUGAUAAUAAUGAGGAAGAAGAUGGGAGUGAUGAAGGUUCUGAUCGAGAUGAAGCGGUUGAAGAGAGCGAUUCCUCUGAAGAUGAGGUUGCUCCUAGAAAUACAGUUGGGGAUGUUCCCUUGGUGUGGUAUAAAGAUGAGAAACAUAUUGGUUAUGACAUCACCGGGAAGAAGAUUACUAAAAAGGAAAGACGAGACAAACUUGACUCUUUUCUUGCAGCUAUGGAUGACUCUAAGAAUUGGCGCAAAAUUAAUGAUGACUAUAAUGACGAGGAAGUGGAGCUGACUAAAGAGGAGUGCAAGAUGGUUGGUAGAUUGCUCAAAGGGGAAGCUCCACAUGCUGACUUUAAUCAAUAUGCGGAUUAUGUUGACUGGUUCAAAUGGCCUGAUGCAAUACAUCCACUCUCAAGUGCACCAGAACCCAAGCGAAGGUUCAUCCCUUCAAUAUGGGAGGCUAAAAAGGUUGUUAAGCUUGUUAGAGCAUACCGGAAGGGGUUGAUCAAGUUUGUUAAGCCUGAAGAAGAGCCUCAAGAAGGGCCCGUUCCAUAUCUUUUAUGGGAAGACGCUUCGACUUCUGAUCAAAAGAACAAGCAUUUAACUUAUAUUCCUCCACCCAAGCUAAAAUUGCCAGGACACGAGGAGUCAUACAAUCCUUCUUUGGAAUAUAUUCCAACAGAGGAGGAGAAAGCCUCGUAUGAAUUGAUGUUUGAGGAAGAUCGUCCAAAACUCAUUCCUACCAGGUUUACAUCUCUGAGAAGCAUCCCAGCGUAUGAGAAUGCACUGAAGGAGUCUUUUGAACGUUGUUUGGAUCUAUACCUAUGUCCGAGAAUUCGAAAGAAGAGAAUAAACAUCGAUCCUGAAUCUUUGAAGCCGAAACUACCUAGUAGGAAGGAUCUUAGACCCUAUCCUAACUCAUGUUAUCUUGAAUAUAAAGGCCAUACAGGGGCUGUUACCUCCAUAUCCACUGAUAGUUCUGGCCAGUGGAUAGCCUCAGGUUCAACUGAUGGAUCUGUUCGUAUUUGGGAAGUGGAGACUGGUAGAUGUCUUAAGGUCUGGCAGUUUGAUGAACCUAUUAAGUUUGUGGCUUGGAAUCCUCUUUCCAGUCUUCCAGUUUUAGCCAUCGCAAUGGGACGAGAUUUGUUUUUCCUGAACACCGAACUUGGGAAUGAUGAGGAACAGGAAGUUAUUAAAGAGAUGUUUCACUCAGAAAACAUUCCAGAACCAGAAGCGUCUGUUGCUGCAAUUGUAACCUGGCUACCAGAUGAGUUGUAUGGAGGGAUCAAAAUCAGACAUUUUAAGAACAUAUCAUCCAUAGACUGGCACCGUAAAGGAGACUAUCUCUCAACAGUGAUGGCAUCAGGCGAAACGCGAGGAGUGGUACUGCACCAACUCUCGAAAAAGAAAACACAGAGGCUCCCAUUUAAGAUCCGUGGGCUGCCAGUCUGUACACUAUUUCAUCCAAGCCUAUCUUACAUAUUCGUGGCGACAAGAAAGGACGUGCGUGUUUACAAUCUUUUGAAGACAGGCUUGGCCACGAAAAAGCUUGAGACGGGAAUGAGAGAAAUCUCAUCCAUGGCGAUUCAUCCAGGUGGUGAUAAUUUGAUAGUAGGAAGCAAAGAAGGGAAGAUGUGUUGGUUUGACAUGGAUCUGUCUUCAAAACCAUACAAGACGCUAAAGAAUCAUCCGAAGGACAUAACGAAUGUGGCAGUUCAUAGAUCAUAUCCGUUGUUUGCGUCUUGCUCAGAGGAUUCAACAGCUUACGUAUUCCAUGGGAAGGUGUAUAAUGAUCUGAACCAGAAUCCUCUGAUUGUGCCGUUGGAGAUUCUAAGAGGUCAUUCUAUUAAAGGAGGAGUCUUGGACUGCAAGUUCCACCCAAGACAACCAUGGCUAUUCACCGCAGGGGCUGACUCAAUAAUCAAACUCUAUUGCCAUUAAAAUGAUUUGGUUUGGUUUCAGAGUCGCAUACAAUGAAUGAAGGACAUUGGAUCCUCGAAGUAGUUGUAGUAGAGAAAGGAAAAAAGGAUCGUGUCACUUGAAAGGCUAAAAACUGGAUUAUCAAGACUUGGAACUAUGACUAAUCAACGGUAAUGAUGUGGCGUUUUUAUCAAAACGGGGGGCAAAAGAGGGAAGUUACAUAGAAGCUCUGAGGAUAAAAUCGUCUAAAACGCGUCAAAUGGUUAGAGAAGUUAACUUAGGCCCAAAGCAAAAGAAAAUGGAUUUAGCCGAAUUAAAAUCAGAAUCCGGAACGUUCGAGCGCCACGUCA